GCAGCGCCAGUUUUCGUUCGCCGUUCGAGUGCUGUGUGUCGUCGCGUAGGGGGCGGCGCGUGCGAGUCAAAAACAUAAUAAAUAUCAGCCACGUUGGAUACAAAAUUGAAAGCGCUGCGAACGCUCACUUCGCGCACAUACCAAUUACCAAUUACCGUUGGGUGGGUGAGCAGUUUUGACAGUUGACGAAUGGAAUAAUUAAAUUCCAUAAAAGUUAUUGAAUAUUUUAAAGUUUCACGCUGCGGAUUCAUAGAAACGAUAUUAGCGCGGCGGCGAACUCUUAUCUGCGGCGAAAGCAAAAACGGUUAAUAUAACUGAAUGUUUAAGUUGAACUAAAACAAAAUUACAGUGAAUAAACACCAUUAAAAAAAGGUGCAAUUGAAAAAGUGAAUUAGUAAUCCGGAAGCUGGUCUAGUGUUUUGAUAAACUUUAGCGCACACACACAAUUGAAUUAAGCUUCAUAUUUAGCUGGCAAAUCAGCGCUGCUUACAAAGUGAAAAAAACAAUUAUUUCAAUAUGCUGCGCACAAUCGCCGAUAUACUGAUCGCCCGGAGCGACGAAAGACGGAGAAAUGAUCGGCAAAACUACAACAAAAACCCCGGCUAUAACUUUGUGAUAGCCGUGUAUGCUAUAGUUGCAAUCCUCGGCAGCGACCUGGUGGCUGGCGUUCGUGGUGAGGAGUGCGGCCAGGAGGAGUUUACGAAAUGUGCUGAGCCUCUGGAUAUGCUACAUUUAACCUCCGAAUUAUCCAUCGGAGCUGCCAAGAAGGACGAACUGCUUAAACUUUGCAAUGAACUGAAAAAGGGCGUUCGUUGCAUCCAGAGUUACACGCGGCGCUGCAUGCCGUUGCAGCAAAGGAACCAAUUCAAUAAACUGUACCACGGCACAAAUCAAUUCAUUCGUGACUUGUGUAACGAAGGCGAGUUUCAGGAUGAAUACCUAAAGCACGCGCAUUGUUCGGAAAUAGCCAAAAAGGAAUUUGAGGGUUGUGCCAAUCGCUAUAAGGAAACAAUGGUGUUUUUGAAGCCCAACAAGAAUCAGGAGAACCACGAGAACAUCACUUUGAAUGAAAAUAUAAAAACAAUUUGUUGUUCCAUCAAUGAGUUGGUGGAUUGCUCUGAAGAUGCCGCCCGCAAGAUAUGCGGCCACGACGCGGCGAAAUUCACACGUGAACUGGUUGACAAAUAUGCGCACAGCCUAACGAAGAUCUACUGUGAGGACUUCACACGACAUCCGGAAAUGUGCCAUGAUGGACUCAGCGAUGACGGCGUGUCCCGAUAUCAGUCGCAUCUCGGUCGAGCGGUCGUGCUUAUCAUAUCAGGUGCCGUUGCGGCAUUCGGUGCACACAUGAGCAUUAGAUAGAUGAAAAGUGUGGCAACGUAAAAUUACAAAAAAUAUUUUGCUGCUUUGAUUUUUCCUAAGAUAUUACUAAUAAUCUCUUAAUUGUUUGAGAGCAACGAAUUUUCUUCAGUUUUUUGGGAAACGGACUUAUACAGUUGUAAAAACGAAUUUGAAAUUUAAAAGUGAAUUAAGAGAUUACGGCAUGUAGCUGUAUAAUUUAAGUUAAAAAGCAAAACAAAUAGAAGACAUUGCAAUGUAUCAAGAAGAACAAGAAGAAAGACACACACACACAUCUUAGUAUUUAAAUGGGAUUAAUGAAAUGGAUAUAUAUAUAGAAAUAUUGUAGCUUUGUUUGAAACAACAUAUGCAGUUAGUAGAGUGCUAAUGGAGAGUUGGAAGGGUGCAUGAAGAGUAGAAGAGGCGAGAAUGUGCGGAAUUAGAAGUUAUAGUUAAAAUUAAAAUUUAGGGCACAGGAAGCCUGAUUUAAGAGAAAAUUACCAACACUCACACAAAAUUACACGUUUAGAGUACCAACAAGACCAAAAAUUUUACAGUACAUACCUACACAUACACAAAUUAAUUAUAAAGUAUGUUAGACUUAGUAGAAACAUAUUGAAUUUACUGAUUGUAUUUGUAUGCACUUGUUUAUUAAAACGAUAUAAAAGAAUUAAUUAAAAUGAAUUGUGAAAUGGAAAUUGCAAAAUUUGGCAUGAAGAUAUUACGCCGAGAUUAAGUGAUUUAACACGUGGCAACACUUACACAUACAUAUACUCGCAUAUGAGUAUUUGUUUUGCGUUUAGCUCUUCUUUGGAACAAAGAGAAUUUGUGAGUUGUUUCACUCAUUGGAGAGUAUAUUUUUAAGAGAAUAAAUGUAUUAAAUCAAUUUAGUUAUAAGCUAUUGAAUUUUAUUAAAUUUUUAUGCAAUGUAAUGGAUCACAGAUAUAAAAGAAACAAAUCAACUCGA